AUGGUCGACGUGGGUUCGAAGCCAGUUACAGAACGGACUGCUACGGCACAAGCAAAGGUUUUUGUGGGACCCGAACUGAUGAAACUUGUACGAGAAAAUGGCCUGAAGAAAGGUGACGUACUUAGCGUUGCUCGCCUGGCGGGAAUUGUGGGGGCCAAGCAGACGUCCAGCCUUAUCCCUCUGUGUCAUAACAUAUCUUUAUCCUCUGUGGCUGUGGACAUUGAACUGGACUCUGCUCUCAACUGUGUGAUUAUAACUGGCACGGCAAAGUGUAGAGGGCAGACAGGCGUGGAGAUGGAAGCUCUCACUGCUGUAUCGGUGUCCGCCUUAACAGUGUACGAUAUGUGCAAAGCUGUGAGUCAUGACAUUGUGAUAUCUGAAAUAAUGCUUCUGGCCAAAAGUGGGGGAACUAGAGGAGACUUCCACCGGACAUGA